UCUAAACAAUAAAGUCUGACCAAACCUUUAGACCAUCAACUAUUUCGUCUUUUUUACAAAGGGUCACCAAGUUUGCAAUUUCCGUCCAAUUUAUCAUAUAAAUUAACUCAAGUUUAGGACGGAGGUGACAAUUAGUACAAUAAUGAAUCAUUAAUGUAUUAACGGUUAGGUUCAUUUAAAUUAUGGUUUCAAACGGAAUUACCCGACAAGUAACAGAGAGUGGUCGAGACGAUAUUGUCGAGUCGAAAGUGUACCUGCGAUAUUCUUACAUUGUUUCUGUGUAAAAUGUUCUCUUUAGUUAUAUUAUUGAUCCUUCUGUGCUUUACACACCCAUCCCUGUGUCACACAUACAGUCCAGGAAAUUGUCCUAGCGUUAAACCAAUCCAUGAUUUUGAUAUGACAAAGUUCCUUGGGAGAUGGUAUGCCAUACAGAAGACAACGACAAAAUCGUCGUGCUUGAUUUAUAAUUUUACGGAAGGUAAAAAGUCUGGUGAAUACUUCCUGGAACAAACAUCGGAAGGAUAUCCUACCAAACUGAAUGUGUCCUACGUCUUUGACUAUACUGGCAAAAUCAAGGCGCACAAGAAUUCAUCAACAAUGUCGAUACACUUUCCGUUGAGUGUGGCUGGCUCUGCAUCAUUCGAUGUAGUUACAACGGACUAUGAAACAUAUGCUGGUAUUUACACGUGUCAGAAUUUAUUAUUCUUCAAACGACAAAGUGCCACGUUUCUUUCCCGAACGAAUACGAUUGACGAGAACGUACUGAUGAAGAUGAGACAUGUAUUCCAUGAAGAAAAUCUGACCGAUCUCCACUUGAAUCACAUCAGACACAAUAAUUGUAACGAAGCAAAUAGUCAAGUAUUGUUGACUGUGAAGUCAAAUCUAGCGUCGUCAAUCAAUUUUUCAAACAUCCUUUCAACCCUGCCCAGUGUGACUGACUUGAUCGAUUCGGAAAAGAAAAGUAAUCGACGCAUUGAUGAUGAAGUGGAGGUAUUAGUAACAGUUGAACCAGCAGUUGAACCAGCAGUUGAACCAGCCGUUGAACCAGCCGUUGAACCAGCAGUUGAACCAGCAGUUGAACCAGCCGUUGAACCAGCCGUUGAACCAGCAGUUGAACUAGCAGUCGAAUAUAAUGUCUUCGAUGAUGAGGAAAAUUUCAUCCAGCCCCGAUUCCUUGACAGCGAGAACGAUGUGAAAUUAACCGAACCAAUUAUAAAAUAAACGAAAAAAUGGCUUCGCCAUCAAUAUG